CUCAAGGCGGUGUCAGUUGACGACGACUGGAAUAUCGUCUUGGAGAUGGAGGUAGAUGACGAACUGUGUAACCCGAUGGGGAAUUUGCAUGGUGGGGCGAUGGCGCUGAUUGUUGAUGUUUGUACGAGUUUUAGUGGGAUGGGGAGGGGAAUCGGUAUAGCGGUAUCGAGGAAUUUGUCCGUGAGCUACCUCCGACCAGCACCGAGUGGGUGUAAGAUUCAAAUUGAGACGGAGGUGGUGAGUAUCAGUAAACGGAUGACGCUGUAUCGAUGUACAAUCAGGGAUGCAGAGACGAAGAAGAUCAUUGCGAUUGGGGAGCAUGACAAAGCAAUU